UUUAAGUACGACGAUGACAGUUGCGGUUUCGAUCGGCUUAUUGUUUUGCCAGUGGUUCGUCCGGAUCGAAGGGUCAAUUCGCAGUGAACUUUAUCCGAAAGGCUGGCCAAAUCGUCAAUAUGCCACAACGCUCCACAGGGCAAUUGCAGAAGGUGCUUCCAACGAUAUAUCCCCUGGAGUGAUGAUCGCACACGAAUCUCUUAAGACGGCAUUUGGAGUUCUAUUGGCCAGUUCCGGUGGAUCCACGUCGGACGAGAUUCGAGAGGCAAUGACUUUUCGAUUAAGGGAUCACCCCCAUUCUGAGAAUACAAGAACGAACCACUUGAAAUCUGACUUGGAUAAAUUCAAGGAGUCCAGUUAUGUAGGUGCUUACAUACCUUCUGAUCUGAAGAUAUCGCCGGAAUUUGAGGCAAAGAUUCAGGAUAUGGGAGCGGAAGUGAUGCAUUCUUUUGGCAGCAGCACUUUGGAAGAACUUUCUGUUAAACUAGAAGAUGUUAGUUUCAAACUAAGGGAUUCGGUAUCCAUAGAUGAUUUACCCUUCAAUCUGUUUUGGCCAGAGUUAUUCAUUCUAACAGCGGAUUCAUUUAAAGCUGUUUGGGCGGAUGCAGAUUUCCACCAGGAGAAUCGCAGGAUGAGGGAGUUUAAUGUGGACAAGCGAAGGAGAACAUUUGUGGAUACCUUAUAUGGCUUGGCAAAAAGGCGACAGGUUGCCCAUCUUCAUGGCUUAAGAGCCUCUAUGUUGAUAUUGCCACUAAAAGAUAGUCGAGUUAAGUUCAUGGUUUUAUUGCCGGAUAGAGUAAAUGGAUUGAAACAACUCGAGAGUGAAUUGGAGUUUGUGGAUCUGCGCAGUUUACUCGAAAAGAAAAUGGAUACCCGCAUGUACGAUGUUCGUUUGCCGGUGAUUAAUUUAUUAACCAAUCUUGAGCUGGCCGACAAUUUGGGACUCCUUGGCAUUCGGCAGGCUUUCAAUCCCAAGCAAGCUAACUUUAGCCGAAUAGCGGGUAUAAACCAGCAUCUCUGGAUUCGCCGAUUUCCACAUUUAACCUAUUUCAAACUGGACGAGAAUGGCAUCAAUUCUCAGAAACCAAAAAAACAAAGCCAAGUUCGUUAUGAUGGUGACACAACAAAUCACUUUUAUGCUUCACAUCCUUUCUUUUUUGCUCUGCUGGACAAGCACAAGAUAUAUGCCACCGGUAGAUAUGGCCAGUUAUCGGUGGACCCAGAUGAUAUGUAAAUUAUUCUUAAAUAACAGAUAAAGACUGCCAUUAGAUUCAUUUCAAAAACCAA